UGCAGGCUGUUGACGCGUUGAGGAUGUGGACAGGAAAUGCCAUGCAAAACGAGCAGAAGCGUGAUCGCUUGUCGGGUUCCUCCUCGGCGCACUUGCACAAUCGGCGGAUCGCCGAAAAUGCGUCUCGGUUGACGCCGCCGACGCCAGCGUCCAGGGAGCGGUCGCUCUCUGCCGGGGCCGCGCGCUCGGUGUGAUUCUCCGUUGCGAGUCUGCUAGCUCUCCCGGCCUGCACGCCUCGAAAGGCUUCGUCGCGGAACAACAAAAAGGAGGUAUUUGGCUUAUUUUCUUCUAUUCCGCUUUUGGCCAUGAGGGAAUACAAAGUGGUUGUUUUGGGCUCGGGCGGAGUCGGGAAAUCGGCCCUGACGGUUCAGUUCGUGACUGGCUCCUUCAUCGAGAAGUACGAUCCCACCAUUGAGGACUUCUACCGGAAAGAGAUCGAAGUGGACUCAUCCCCGUCCGUGCUGGAGAUCCUGGACACGGCCGGUACGGAGCAGUUCGCCUCCAUGCGGGAUCUGUACAUCAAGAACGGGCAGGGCUUCAUCCUGGUCUACAGCUUGGUCAACCAGCAGAGCUUCCAGGACAUCAAGCCUAUGAGGGACCAGAUCAUCAGGGUGAAGAGGUACGAGAGGGUGCCCAUGAUUCUGGUCGGCAACAAGGUGGACCUGGAGGCCGAGAGAGAGGUGUCUUCCGGGGAAGGCAAGGCCCUGGCCCAGGACUGGAACUGCCCCUUCAUGGAGACCUCAGCCAAAAACAAAGGCUCUGUGGAUGAACUGUUUGCAGAAAUUGUCAGGCAGAUGAACUACUCCACCGUUCCGACCGGAGGUGACCAGUGUUGUUCUUGUGUUCUGCUCUAAAAACAAAACACAAUCGCAUAGUUGUGCUUUUUAAAUCAUUGCCUUUUUACUUUGAAAGUAUUUCUGCUCACACUGUUGUCUUAUGGUUUCGCACAAGUGGACAAAAAUCGAUGAUGUAUAAUAAUUAAGGUUGCAAUGGGGUGAGCAAUAUUUGGAAAUAUUUCAAAGUGGAGACUUUCAGUGGAUCAUUUCAUGGGAAGGGGAUGACAGUGAACCCUCGCAUACUUUCAGUUUGUGACCUCCGUAUUUGCAGAUUUUAUUUUUUUUUUUCCGUAAUGUUCUUUAAGUAACAUCACACUCUUGAAAUAAUGACCGAAGUCAUAUUUUGACAAAAACGGGAUGCUGACCUUUGCUGAAAUCUUCUCCAUCCUAUUUAGUUAAAUCAUUUCUAUCCAUGGAAUGAAAUUGCCAUUAAUUUAAUUGGGUGCUGAUAUUUUAUUUUUUGUUUUCUUUUCCAUUCUUGCCCAUGUUUUUCACUGGGCGUUAAUGAUACACAGAUUUUUAAAUCAUUUCCCACAUGUCAGGACAUUACAGUAUCCAUAAUUGGCUCGGUCUCUAUCCUCUGCCAAAAGUGAAAAUCCACAAAUAAUUGACUUGUAUUUAUGACGGCCAUCAUUUUUUCCCCCCCAUCAAAUAUUCAAAAUCCUUAUUAUGACCCAAUCUUCCAAAUUGUAAGGUUCCCGGACUAUGCCAUUUAUUCCUUUUGAAUUCCAGUUGACUCCCAUGGAAUGUUUCCAACUUUGAAAGUUGACAGAACUUUGUAACCCUACUCUUCUGGAAAUGUGUUUACAUUGCAAAGUACUUGAAUGUUUCUUGGGAUUUUUUUUCUUCCAAAUAUAGCUUUCUUUGUACAAUAUUGACUCUUAUCUGGAAAUGUGCCUCAGUGGGAAUGUCUUAUCGUGAAACCUAAGAGACUUUUUUUUUUUCUUUCUCAGUACUGUUUUAAUAAUCUCUUGUGCUCAGUGGUGGAGUCUGUGUUAUGUCGGUCACUUUUAAUAUAUAUUUUUUUCUGGGGAGGGGGGGGGGGGGCGGAUGGUGUGAACUAGGGAUGGGCAAUUUAAUAAUUUUAAUGUCGUUUGCAUUAUAGCAUAAUUGCCUGAGUCCGUUUUGAACAUUUUCUUAAAACAAACAAACAAAUACACAACUAAUUCAACAAACAAAUCCAGUUGCUUGGAUUCUACUUUUUGGAUUACAAUGACCUGAAUUACUGACAAUCCAAACAGAUUUUAAGAAGGACCUUUUUGAAGAUAUUAUGACAGUAAAUU